AUGAUACAGAUUACCGAAACAGUGAACCAACCGGAGGUCAAGGAUGAACCGAUUGAGAAGCGUAAAUGUAGAUUUCCCGAGGAAAGACUAUCGCCCGUACUGGCGUACAGCUUUUCACAGUGCUUUCUCUACAAUCGCAUCAAGCUGGAGCUGAAGCUGUGCAACUGUACGAUUCCAACUUCACCGAAAGCGUAUGAAAAGUUUUACUGUGAUUUUAAUGGUCUUCUGUGCAUAAACAAGGAAAAUGUGAAACAAUUAACAAAACACGUGCACACCGUACACAAGGACCGGUCAUGCAUACAAACGUGCGAAUCAUUGGAAAGCCACGUGAUUGGUGAAACAUUCAAACCCACCAAUUCAAGCUCCGAGCCAGGAAAAGUGAUCCUGGAAGUGUUGAAUGUACCAAUCUUUCGCUACCAAAGGCGUGUGAUUCGAAAUAAGCUUGAUUUUGUCGUUUCUCUAGGUGGUAUAGGAGGGCUAUUCUUUGGUGUUUCAUUGAUCAGCAUCAUUGAGCUGGUGUACAACAUGUUCUUCAAACCGUACCAUCUGAAAGUGAAGAUUUCUCCACAAUAA